AUGGAUCUCACCAAAUACCAACCAGCGUCGGGAUCUGGAAAGCACGAAAAGGUCCUGGAGAGGGAUCCCGAGCUCGAGAGUAAUAACGAACGCACUGGGGACGAAGAUGAAUCCAUUGUACCAAGGUGGGAUCAGGGUUACAGAAAGCAGUCGCUUGCAUCCAUUGUCUGGCUUUGCAUAUGCGUCACUUUGAUCGUGGUCAGCAUCAUUGCCUGGGGUGCGUCUCUAUGGCUCACUCAUCUGGCCACCGUUGAGCUCAAAAAAGCCGGCGCCCUCAGCCCACAUAGUGAUCACACAGCGAACGGUCCUGAAAUUACCGGGCUCAAGACUACCAACUCAAACCAUGAAUCACUCAACACCAUGUUCAUACCUGGCGGGCAACUCCACGUAGCCGGCUACGGACUUGGUGGGCUGUUUCAACACGAUCUGAUUUCGAUUAACGGCAACACGGCGAUAUUCAACCACCUCGGCAGCGGCGACCAGACCAAUAUAAACUUCGAUUUUCUGUACGCCGUACCCAAGAUGGGUCCCCAUGCCUUCAUCAAGGAUAGCCCGCUGUCCAACGAGGCAGGACUCGUGGACGUGGACGACUCCACCACCCAGCACAAGAAGUACGGGAACGUCUGGUCAGCAGGUGAUGCGUCCAGCCUCCCAACAUCCAAGACCACCGCAGCAAUCACAUCGCAAGCACCGAUUCUCAUUUCGAAUCUCUUGGCAGCGGUGGACGGAGAGGGACCCCAGAAGACAUAUGACGGCUACACAUCGUGUUCGCUCGUGACGGAGUACGGCAAGGUGUUGCUUGCCGAGUUCAAAUACGGUGGCGUGCCCAAAGAGACCUUUGCCAUGAUCCCGGCAUCGAUCAAGCCGUCCCACGCCGCGCUUUCUAUCAUCUUAAGAAGGACUUUUCCCUCUGGGUAUACUACAAGUCUUUGGUCAAAGGCACGUGGGCUGGGCCGAGUAGUUGGCUUACUAGGUAAAUACAAGAGACAAGCCAAGACUUGCUGGGCCAUAAAAGGAAGGGAAGAGACAUAA